GCAAGCGCGCAUGAAGAUGCAUUUCAUUUUGGACAGGGCCUGGGUAUCUGGACAAGACAUGUGACUUUCAUAGAUCAGGUGACUCUCCGGAAAGUGAAACGUGUCAGACUCCACGCCUCUAUUUGCUUUCCAGCAACGCUUGAAAAUGCCGUAAAUACCUUAAGAUCGAUCGGCAGAUCAUUUGUCGAUCCUUCAACUAAAGAGUGACAAUAAAAACACUGUAAACACCAAUAGAAACAAAAGUCGAACACACUGAUUGUGGAGAUUUUCUCUAUAAAAGACACAGCAGGCGCUUAUUGUGGUUAUUUCUGACGAGUUCAGAGUCUGACUGGGGUCGCGUGUAAAUUCACAGUAGUGGGGCCCAUUUUCGUUAUCUUGCCUAGGGCCCCACAAACCUACAGGCCGGCACUGAAGGAACUCAACUCUGUUGAGCUGCAGUGCAUAUCAUCUCUCUGUCUGUGUAUACACUGUAUACAGUGAAAUGGCAGAAUCCAGUAUUUCAUGGGCUGAGGAUCAGUUCAGCUGUCCAGUGUGUUUGGAUCUCCUGAAGGAUCCAGUGACGAUUCCCUGUGGACACAGUUACUGUAUGAGCUGCAUCUCAGGUUGCUGGGAUCAGGAGGAUUGUAAGGGAAUCUACAGCUGUCCUCAGUGCAGACAGACCUUUAGUCCAAGGCCAGUUUUAGGUAAAAAUGUGGUAUUUGCUGAAAUGGUGGAGAAACUGAAGAAGAUGAGACUCCAAGCUUCUCCUCCUGCUACUUCCACUGAUGCUCCUGUUUCUCUUCACACUGGAUCUGGAGAUGUUCAGUGCGACUCCUGUACUGAAAUUAAACAGAAAGCAGUGAAAUCGUGUCUGGAGUGUCGAAUUUCUUACUGCCAAAAUCACCUUGAACAGCAUGAGAAUCUCUUCAGAGCUAAAAAACACAAUCUGAUGGAUGCCACUGAACAACUCCAGGAGAUGAUCUGCCCUCAACAUGACAAAAAGCUGGAAAUUUACUGCCGUACUGACCAGCAAUGUAUCUGUGUGCUGUGUUUGGUGGAUAAACACAAAAAUCAUGACACUGUAUCAACUGCAGCAGAAAGGAAAGAGAAACAGAGACAUUUGGAGGAGAAACAGAGAAAAUUACAGAAGAUAAUCAAUCAGAAAGAGAAAGAUCUUCAGAAGCUGAGAGAGGCUGUGAAAACUCAUAAGCGCUCUGCACAGACAGCAGUGGAGGACAGUGAGAGGAUCUUCACUGAACUCAUCCACUCCUUUGAGAAACGUCGCUCUGAGGUGAAGCAGCUGAUCAGAGAUCAGGAAAGAGCUGCAGUGAGUCGAGCUGAAGAACAACUGGAGAAACUGAAGAAGGAGAUCAAUGAGCUGAAGAGGAAAGACAUUGAACUGGAGCAGCUUUCAAAAAGACUGGAUCAUGUUUAUUUCCUCCAGAGUUUGUCGUCUGUUUCUUUCUCUGGAUCUACAGAUGACUUCACUGUCAGUUCUCAUUUGUCUUUUGAUGAUGUAGUGAAAUCAGUCUCUCAACUCAGAGAUAAUCUGCAGAAGCUCUCCAGAGAGACUAUAGAAAACCUAAAUGGAAGAGUGAAAACUGUCCAGGUCAUCCUGGCUCCUGAAUGUCAGACCAGAAAGGAGUUCCUACAAUAUUCCCUUCUGUUGACUCUGGAUCUGAACUCGGUGAAUAAUUUGCUCCAUCUGUCUGAGGGAAACACAGUAAUCACUGCCACUAACAUACUCCAGCAGUAUCCUGAUCAUCCAGACAGAUUUGAUUACUGGUGGCAGGCGUUGUGUAAAGAGAGUGUGACUGGACGCUGUUACUGGGAGGUGGAGUGGAGCAGCAGAGAAGGGAGAAUAGGAGUAGAUAUAUCAGUGGCAUAUAAAAGCAUCAGGAGGAAGGGACGGACAGCUGAGAUUGAAGCUGGACGUAAUGAUCAGUCCUGGAGAUUGUACUGCACUCCUUUCUGUUUCUCAUUCUGGCACAAUAACAUCAAGACCGUCCUUCCUGUAACCUGUGUGUCCAGUAGAAUAGGAGUGUAUGUGGAUCACAGCGCAGGCAUUUUGUCCUUCUAUAGCAUCUCUGACACAAUAAGUCUCAUCCACAAAGUCCAGACCACAUUCACUCAGCCUCUCUAUGCCAUGUUUGGAUUUGAUAGUAACUCAACAGUAAAACUGUGUCGCCUGACCAAUUAAAUGAUAAAUCAGAUAGGCUUAUUAAAAAAAAAAAAAUCGGAAACACAACUACAAUGCACUGUUUGACUAGAUAGACAGACAGUGAGACUGUGUUGCAUAACCAAUUAUAUCAAACAGGGUCUAAAAAUAUUUUUUGUUAUACAACAUUAUGAAUCAGUACGACUAAGAUUUCAUAGGAAUGCCAGUGAACUUUUAAUCAUGAAAAUAUAAAAAAAUGUGUGAAGUUUAUUGAAAUAUGAUAUAACUCCUGUUUGACUGUCAAACUUUUUUAAAAUAAUUACAUUGUAAUGAAUAAUUUUAUCAACUCUGGAUUUCUGUAUUGUUUACUUGAGCAAACUUGGUUUGAUCUGAAUUUAACUUACAAUUGUGAACAAAUGCAAUGUAAUUGAAACUAACAAAACAUUGUUAUUAAAUAUAUAAUCAGCGUUGUAAAGUCCACAGAAUUGGGCUACUUUAACACUGUUGCCGUGGGUUGUUUUUCAUGUUCAGGGGUUUAAGCGACACGAAAACCUAAUAUUUAUCCCCUGAAAUGUGAAUUUUAUAAGGGGAACUCCUCCAAAAAAAUGUGUAUUUUACCCCGCCAAACACGAUUGGGCAAAUUUUGAGUAGCAAUUAGGUGGGUUUUGCUGUGAAAACCUGGCAACCCUGUAUAUAAUCAUUCACUGUGCAGGCCAGAGAAAAUAAGUGAACCUUGAAUUUAGUAAGGGUUAGUAGAAGGGUUCACAACUUAUUCUUACAAAGCGUUGUCUUGUGCAUGUUCAUAUACACAGUUUUCAAUGUAAUUUGUUUUGUUCAAAAGAAAUUGUACUUGAUGUUAACAGAGGUUUUUUUUUUUUUUUUUU